GUUUUUCCCUUGAAAACAACAAUUCCACACUUUCUCUCUCAUCAUCUCUCUCUCUAAAGAUCGGAUUUUUAUGUAUUUCCCUUCCAUGUCUCCAAAUUUGGUCUAGAACCCAUUUCCCCUUUUCCAUUUUCAGUUCAAUCCCCCAUGGCUUUCUUCUUCUUCUUACUAUUUUCCUCUCUUUUCGCCUCUUCUCUCUUUCUCUUCCUCCGCUCCGCCACAUUCCGGCGAGGGCGUCUGCCGCCGGGAACUCUCGGCCUCCCCUUAAUCGGGGAGACCCUUCACCUCAUCUCCGCCUACAAGACUGAGAACCCCGAACCCUUCAUCGACGAGCGGGUUCGCCGCUUUGGACCGGUUUUUACUACUCAUUUGUUUGGCGAGCCGACGGUUUUCUCGGCCGACUUGGAGACGAACCGGUUCAUUCUUCAGAAUGAGGAGAAGCUUUUUGAAUGUAGCUACCCCGGUUCCAUUUCCAACUUGCUUGGGAACCAUUCUUUGUUGCUUAUGAAAGGUAGUUUGCACAAGAGAAUGCAUUCCUUGACUAUGAGCUUUGCCAAUUCGUCCAUUAUUCGCGACCGUCUUUUGGUCGAUGUGGACCGGUUGAUUCGGCUCAACUUGCAAUCCUGGACCGGCCGGAUCUUCCUCUUGGAGGAGGCCAAAAAGAUAACGUUUGAGUUAGCCGUGAAGCAAUUGAUGAGCUUUGAUCGGUGUGAAUGGACACAAAAUCUGAUGAAGGAAUAUCUUCUGGUCAUUGAAGGAUUUUUUACCGUCCCUCUCCCUCUCUUUUCCACCACUUAUCGUCGAGCCAUUCAGGCGCGGAGGAAGGUGGCGGAGCAAUUGGGGACGGUGGUGCGGCAGCGGAGAAAAGAGAGGGAGGGUGGAGUGAAGAAGAAGGACAUGCUCGGAGCGUUACUCGCCGGAGAAAACUCCCUCUCCGAUGAGCAAAUAGUAGAUUUCUUGUUGGCUCUAUUGGUGGCGGGGUAUGAAACGACGUCAACUACCAUGACGCUGGCCGUCAAGUUUCUGACGGAGACGCCACUGGCUUUAGCCCAAUUACAGGAAGAGCAGGAGAAAAUCAAAGGAAGGAAGAAGGAAUCAGAGCAACAGCUCCUCCAAUGGAAUGAUUACAAGUCCAUGCCUUUCACCCAAUGUGUUGUAAAUGAAACAUUGAGAGUCGGCAACAUAAUCAGUGGAGUUUUUAGGAGAGCAAUCACUGAUGUGAAUAUCAAAGGUGGUUAUACAAUUCCAAAGGGAUGGAGGGUUUUCGCAUCGUUUCGUGCCGUUCAUAUGAACCAUCAUCAUUUCAACGAUGCUCACUCCUUCAACCCAUGGAGAUGGCAGCAACAGAACGGCUUGGGGUCGACCACAAAUGCAUUUACACCAUUUGGAGGAGGUCCGAGGUUAUGCCCUGGUUACGAGCUUGCCAGAGUAGAACUCUCUGUUUUCCUUCAUCAUCUUGUUACGCAAUUCAGAUGGGUUCCAGCAGAAGAUGAUAAGUUGGUGUUUUUCCCGACUACAAGAACACAGAAACGCUAUCCUAUCUACGUCACCCGUAAGGACGAAACAACACAAUCUACUACUCAAACAGUACACAGCCAAUGAAUCACUCCUCUCGGCGGCCACUUCCCAAGAGCACCAAUUUUCUAGCCAAUCAAAAUCAAACACUGCCUUCUACCUACAUAUCUUCUGGUCAGAUGAUCUCCUGGCUUCAAAAUUCAGAU